CCUGACACUGACGUUACGUAAUGGUUUCAACUGAUGGUAAAGCAGCAAUCUUAAACUAUGUCAGGAAUUGCUUUGCAUCUGGAGAUGAUUCGGGAUUUUGUGAAAAAUUACUUAACAAAGUUAAAGAUGUCACAGAUGAAGAAAUUGAGAGUAUUUUAAGUGGACAGUAUUUUAAUGAAGUUGUAAACACGGACUCCGAUGACUUUUAUAGGCAUUCUCCAGAAUGUGAAUUUGUACCUUGUGAAGAUCCGUUAAGCGCGUUUUUCUCCUCCAUUAAUAACUUUGAGAAUCCUCAGCAGUCGUCCCUUUCAAAUAAAAGGAAUGCAUCCAAUAUUCGACAGCUUUCCGGUAAGUUAUCUCUGUCGUUGUCGCAUUUCCUAGUCUUCAGCAUUUUGGUCUAAACAGACGGGUAAUUUUGUUAUUCUCCUGAUACAGGAUUACCUUUUCGUUAGGGGGGACUUUUCAUCCCAAACUGCGCUUGGCUUAACUUUAUUCUGAAAAUACAUUUGUCCAGUCGUCUUGAUGAGAAUCUGAUUUGUUGGCGUAUAAACCGUUACCCAUAAUAACGCCUUCUACACCUGUUCUCUGCAAUUGCGUCAAUUCAAAGGACUCGUUUUAUUGAUGGUUGUCUAACUUACCACGGCCAACGUGAUCAUUGUAGCUUAUAAGUUCGAUUCUCAGCUGAAUGUUAGGUAUAUUGCCUAUAGUUUAAGUUGAGUGAGUAGAAUAUCAUUUCUAUGAAUCAGUAAUCUUAAAAAUGUACGGAUCCAAACUUUUCAUUAUUUACUGAGCGACUUAUUCUACAUUAUUUCUACUAACACAUGGGUUGUGAUAGAUUUUACUGUUACUAACUUUCAUGAUAAAAAGUCUUAAAAAGGUAGCUAUUCUUAUUUCAGCUCUUAAUGGUGAAUAAGUCAUUCUAAUAAACAGACUUUUACCGCCACUAUUAUUGUGGCUACUGUUUAGCUGACGAAGUGGACGCGUAUUUUCCAUCAAAACCGAUAGUCCGCACAAACAAACCGGAUACAGCAAUAAAAUCAGAAAAAUCUGGGUUGACAUUGGCACUAGAACAAGCUAAGCUGAGUGGACAUUUAAAAAGAAAUAAACUAUUCUCUGAUUUCGCUGUCUACGAUGCUCGGUCAACACUUGGUACAAAUCAGCAUGUUCCAGAUGAUCGCUUUCCCGAUGCAAACGUAGAUCCUUCUCUGCGCCAGUUCAAUGUUUGGCUCUGGAGGCUUAAUGGCUUCCCGCGCACGUCAAUUAAAGUGCAGCCUCGACUGGGUACUACAGUGCAACAGUUUAUGGGGCUUACUUUAUGGCAGUAUUUUAACGAGUUUUCAGCAUCUGACAAUGAUUUGACACUUGUGCCAACUCAGUUAGAUGAUUUAGACGAAUCAUUUUUAAACCGUCUGGCUUUACACAUGUUUGAUACACUGGAUGAUGAAUGUGACGAUAGUGAAGAUGUAGAUUCAGAAUUUCCACCGCUUGAAUUGAAUGAUCCAAUUCAUAAAUAUGAAUUUAAGUCAUUUGCCCUGGUUGAACGAGUGGAAACAUCAUUGACAGAGACACCAAAGAAAGAAAUUUCGCAUGUGUUAGUCACAAUACAUAUGGCUCAAGGUAUGAGUGUACUUCGAUUCCCAUCGGAUACAUGUCUAAAUACAGUGUUAGAACGUGCUGUAUAUCGUCGUCGUCUACGCCAGCAUGGUGGUUAUGCUUAUAGAUUGGAACUUUGGCCACGAAACACAGAGCAACAGAACAACAAUACAAAAAGCAAUAAUUUUCUAUUGAAUAAAAAUUCGCAGUUGGAUUUGAGUAAACCAUUGAGUUAUUUUAUUGCUGCUGGUUUGCCGUUACACUUUCUUCUUGUUCGUGAAAGCAGUCGGUGUGAUACAGCUCUUUCAGAUCAAAACGAUGAUAUUGAAGCAACAAAGUCAUCAGAAUUGAUGUUAGCGUUAGAUACAACAUUAGAACCAGUUCAUACAGCUUUACAUUUAAGACAAUAUCAGGUGACUUACUUAAAAGGUCUUUUCCCACCUGAAGUUCAGCUAAAUAUUUCAUCAACUGAAUUAAAAAUUGAACAAAAACGUCCAAAAUUAUUUUCUAAAUUAAUGAAAUCAAUUAUUAUACAAAUUAAUACAAUUGCUGAUUGUGAAUUAAUCACUAAUGGAUAUUCAACUUAUGGUAUAAUGGAUAAAUCAUCUAUUACCAUUCAUAAUCAUCAUCAUCAUAUUGAUGAAUCAAAUCCAAAAUAUUCUGGUAAUUUAUGCACAGAUUAUGUAAUAGGAGGAAAUUAUAAAACAUCAAAUAAUAAUAAACAUUCUAUAACAACUGAACAAUCAUCCAAAUCAUUUUUAUCACAUAAAACACAAUUUAGAAUUAUUUAUAUUCCUAAUUUUGAUUUACAUUCCGAUUGGAUAACUUCACAAUUGACCACUUCUAUUGGUAUUGGUGGAGGUGGACGACCGACCGCUACUAAUGGCCAACAACAACAACAACAACCUCAUAUUCUUCUGCCACCAUCUUCUACAUCAACUAUUGUACCUUGUUUUGGACAAGAUUUACCUGAGGUCACAAAUACUAACAUGUUCAAUAGUACUGAUGCCAAUUGUAAUACUAAUAUUGCUGUGAAUACAAAUACAACUACCUCGAGUAUAUCAACUACUAAUAUUACUACUUCUACUACUGUUAUCAAUAACAGUAGUAAUAAUAAUAAUAAUAACAAUUUAUUUCAACAAUUAUGCUUUGAAACACAAUGGUCACGAGCUAGAGCUAUAUGUGAUCAAUUGAAUAUAAUUUUAGAAGUAUGUCAAAGUCAAUCACGUCAAUUGUAUAUGAAACAAAGAUCCAUUCAUAAUUGAAGUGUAUUUAUAUAUACAGACCCUUACCUUGUAAAUUAACUUGGAUUAUUUUAUAUAUAUAUUUAUGUAUAUUUUUAUUCAUUAUUUCAGUUGCAUAUCAAAUUACUUUUCACAUGUAACUUCUUGUAUGUAUGAAUGUGUAUGCUUGUUUGUUCUGUGUGUGUGUGUGCGCGCGCCUAUGGUGUUUGAAUGACAAGUGAUUACACUUGAUGAUUGUAUAAUUUCUAACUUUAUUUUCAUAUAAAUCGUAAUAUUAACAACCAUUCUGUCUUCUUCUCG